CUUCACGCCCACGGGAUCCCACCUCUAUAUUUACCACAUCUCAUCACUUUCUCUAGAAAGCCUUCGAUAAAUACAAAGAGUGUAAAAGAGUGAGAGAGUUGCAGUUGAAGUUGAAGUUACAAUGGCCACGACGAUCAAGCUUGUUAAAGCCCGGCAAAUCUUCGACAGCCGUGGAAAUCCCACCGUCGAAGUUGAUGUUACACUCUUCGAUGGAACCUACGCAAGAGCAGCUGUUCCAAGUGGAGCUUCCACAGGUAUCUAUGAAGCCCUGGAGUUGAGAGAUGGUGGAUCGGAUUAUCUUGGGAAAGGUGUCCUUAAAGCUGUGGAGAAUGUGAAUUCGAUCAUUGGACCUGCUUUGAUUGGAAAGGACCCAACAGAGCAGACCAAAAUUGACAAUUAUAUGGUACAACAGCUUGAUGGAACUGUUAACGAAUGGGGUUGGUGCAAACAGAAGCUUGGAGCAAAUGCUAUACUG